UACUACUUGCGUGUCUUAAGAUAAAAUUAAUGGAUGUAUUUCUUGGUCUUUAAAAGAGCAUAAAACUUUUCUUUGAAGAAUGACCGAAGUAAUUUACGUCUGUAUGAGUCAUAACAAUCAUUUUGAUAUGUUUAAUGACUACUCUGUAGAGAAAGUGAGUUCUCGUGAUCAUAUCUUUUCCUUCAUAGCAGAGACCUAACUAUCCUCAACCAUUUUGAAUGUAAGAAUAGUGGCUCCACACCGUGGACGAGGCUGAGAACAACGUGGAUGCAUCUGGAUGAAUCGUAGCAGGGGAAAAUGUCUCGCAGGUAUCUGGUUUGACGAACCACGAUGCGUGCGAAGUGUAUGUGUGUGCGUAUCGCGUGAAUUUUCGCAGGUGGUGAUUUUUUGUACAAGACGAACAACAGAAAUUAUUGAGUGGUUGGUCGCGGAUCGAAACGAGGAGGAGGAGUGAGUCUUCGAAGCGCCGUGAUCGCGGGGCGUAUCCCAAAAUCGUCGGGGAAACUUACGUUUCGUCCAGUAAACUGUCUACGUUACGCGAUCGCGAUACGCGCGUCGUGUGUUUAAUCGUGUACCGUGGGAAAAAUCACGAUUGUGCGUGAAAUAUCCAACUGCGGAUGAGGUCGAAUUGACGGGGGUUGUGCACGGCUUGUUGAGGAGAAUCGAUUCGACGAUGACGAGUAUGAUGACCACCGAGGUGAUUCAUCUCCGCGAACGACGUUCUCUUGUUUAGUAACAAUGUUUCCAUAAUCCUGCCUCCAAAGAACAUCGGCCAAUAAUCAUUUAAACAACAGACGAGAAAAUCUUUUUCAUUGUCGUCGAUUGCCUUAUUGUGAAUCACUGCCAAUGUGUAACUCGGCCGACGAUUCUUACGUACAAAAGCUAGGUUAUCUGCAACUUGGUGAUGAAUCAAGUGACGCCGGCGGUACGUCGGGUACCGGUAGGGUCACGGGAUCACGACCCGAGGCCCAGGUACCUGUAUCGAGGAAUGUCGCCGGCAGAACAGAUGUUAGAGGGCCUAGCAGACCUGUUGGUGCCAUUGAAAGUUUUAUUGAAGGCAAUGCCGAUACCUGCAGGCAGUUAGCAACUGAUUACAAACUGUACGAGAGAGAAAAUAUAAUAGCUGCGUCAAGGUUUGCCACACCGAAGCCUGUGGAGCAGAUCAAUGCUCAACAGCAGCAGCAGCAGCAGAAUCAAAAUCGUAUGAGUCAUCAACAGGCACCAGUAUAUGAAAACAUUGAUUACUAUCCGCAACAAAGCCAGCCACAUCCACCGUAUUAUCAUCCAGUGGAAUCCAGAAAAAGUCCGAAAAGUAGUCCCAGAGGUUCUUUAGCAAGUGAAUCGUACGAACCCACUUUCAGAAAAGCACAACCGCAGGUUCCCACUGGAAACAGAUAUCAGUCUGCUUCACCAGCAAAAGAAUUGCCUCCAUAUGAGGCUCCUCCUGUGUACGAAAAUAUUCAAGAGGUACACUUCCCAGAAAAUACACAAAAUAAGCCAGGCCCUCAGGUUCCACCAAAUUAUUAUCAUCCAGCGACAAUAAAUGGUGGAGAUUAUGUUAUUAUGACUGGGAAAGUACAAAAUCAAAGGGGUAUGACGCAAAGUUUGUCAUACUCUCAACAAAGAGGAAGCAAUAUACGUGGUCAGAGCUAUGAUGGCACAAGCUUACAACAUUCUGUUGAUUCCCCUACAUCAAGGUACUUACAAGGAUCUUCUUCAUCCUUGGAUCAUCAAGCUAGCAGAAGUGCCUAUGUGCCGCCAUCAGAGUUGCAAACGCCGACCAGAAAUUUUAAUUACAACGCUGAGCAACAACCACAACAUUCCCCCAGAUCUAGGCUUCCUUAUCAUAGUGAAUCUCCACCGAUACGUUUACCUCCGGAACCUCACCAUUAUCGUGGUUCAUUGGAUAGUUCGAUGAGCGUGCAGCACGGAUUUAGAGCAUCAAAUCAUACGGAAAGUGCUCAACAGCCAUUAUACAGGCAGGAAAGUCCUCAUAAUUAUAAACCGUACAUGGAAUCGAACACAAGAAAUACAAAUGCGAACAUGAACACCGAGACGCAAGCCAGAAAUUCGCCUGUCUAUGGUGGAAGACCAGCAGAUCAAUCCGCGUGCCGUAAUUCUCCAUGUUACUCUCCAAGCAGAGUAUUACCACCGAACGAGAGAAACUAUCAUCAUCAAGAAUCAAGACCAGAUUUUCCUGCCAGAAAUUCUCCAAUUUAUUCUUCGAACAGAUCGUCGGAGCACUUGAGAUUAACUAAUCUACAGAACGAUAGAGGCUUCGUUCAAGACACACCCGAUCCUUCGGAAACUUCAAAACCAUCUGUGUACUCGCCUAGCCGCAUUGAUACUUCCAGAGUUGUAGCAAACAACAAUAUUGCAAGGGGUUCUCCCAAAACAAGUCCAACUCACAUUCAACUAUCUUCGGAUACGACAGCACAAAACGUGAUCAGUUCGCCGAGACACAUGUCAUCAUCUUCUACGAACAAUGUUAUUGGAAAUCCUCUACGUGGUCAAAUACAAACACCGGUGACUACCAGCACACCUACGACUACGGACUUCGACUCAAAUGUUCACGGGCCUAGGAUCACCAGCCUCCCCCCUGGAGUGACCAGCGGUGUAGCCGGCCCGGUUUUUUUAAAUGCCGGUGUCCCCGUGUUACAAAGACCAUCCGAACAUGAACCGGAGGAAAGAAAGUCAGUCAGUCCACCGAUUAAACCGACAGUUGGAAAGGGACUGCUACCUUACAAUGUUAUACCGCCCAGGCCUUCGGGGCCGACCGAAGCAGAGAGGAAAAUAGAGGAACUGACGAGACAACUCGAGGAAGAAAUGGAAAAGCAGGAAGAGGAAGGGGAAUACUUCGGUAUCUGUCACACAUGCGGUGAGAAAGUAACCGGUGCGGGCCAAGCCUGCCAAGCCAUGGGCAACCUGUAUCAUACCAAUUGCUUUAUAUGCUGUUCAUGUGGGAGAGCCUUGCGCGGUAAAGCCUUCUAUAAUGUUCACGGAAGGGUAUACUGUGAGGAAGAUUAUUUGUAUUCUGGUUUCCAACAGACUGCCGAGAAGUGCGCAAUCUGUGGUCAUCUCAUUAUGGAAAUGAUAUUACAAGCUAUGGGAAAAUCCUAUCACCCGGGAUGCUUUAGGUGCUGCGUUUGCAACGAAUGUCUGGAUGGUGUUCCAUUCACGGUUGACGUUGAUAAUAAAAUUUAUUGCGUUAACGACUACCACAGAAUGUUUGCCCCAAAGUGCGCCUCUUGUGGAAAAGGAAUCACUCCUGUUGAGGGCACCGAGGAGACGGUACGAGUUGUUUCCAUGGAUAAAGAUUUCCACGUAGACUGUUACGUCUGCGAGGAUUGCGGCAUGCAAUUGACCGAUGAACCUGACAAACGAUGCUAUCCGCUCGACGGUAGGCUUAUGUGUCGCGCGUGUCACAUUCAACGCAUAUCUCACAUGCAACCCAGAGCACCACAACCAGUAUCUGCUAGUUAUCAGUUCAUGGGAUAAGUUAAGUUAAAUAUAUUCCAAGUUGAACAUUUCGAAUUUAAUGCUCACGUAUCGAUCAUCCAGCAAUAUAAAUAUUAUAAGAAUUGACUGACAGACAAGAAGACGGAGUUACAUAUGCCUAAUUAUUUGUGAACGUAGAGAUUUAUACAACAAACAAGUAUCGAUGUUUGCAGUAAGAUCAUUAAUCAGAGUCUGCGGAAGGAAUAUAGUCUAAUUGUUCUACAACAGGCAUGGACAUACUUUUUAUUCGCUUCCGACUACUGCGUAAAACUCGCCUAGCGAGUCAAUCUGUGUGGGUCCUAUAGAUAAGCAUAGAAUGUCAGUCUACAACAUACAUUAAAUCGUACUAAAAUCUUUUAAAAUUGUGUGGCGUGGGAGGCAACUUUGUCCAUGCCUGCUCUAAAACAUUAGACUAACAGAGCAAUGACUGGGUAUUUACAGAAUCGAAAAUACUUACACUGCCUUUUGGGAUCAGCUGUACUGUAUAGACAGGUCGAUGUUUAAUCUUUUCGUAAAUAUAUAUAUACAUAUAUUAACGCGAUCUUAUAUACAUGAAGCGAUAUUCCAUUGACAGCUAUUAAUAUAGAUAGAUUAAUGGUAUAUUUAAUAUAUAUAUAUAUAUAUGUGUGUACGUGCUAUUAUUUAUUUUGUCCAAGGUACUGCGUUCACGUAUGCAGUGGUUUCGUUAGGGUGAGCAAGUUGCGCAGGCAACUGUGAUAUAUUAGCAUAAUAACUGCAUCGUCAUUAAGCAAUGAUUCCUUAUUUUAGAUCUUGUAUAUAAUAUAUUUGUAACCAUGCCUGUGAGGAUAUGUUUAUUAUCUAACGAUCAAAAAUUCCAGACAGUUCCCCGGCAUGGUUUAAACAUAGCGUAUUUACCAUAUGCGAUAUAUGUAUUGCGUUCGCUAACAGUAUUUAUUAUGACGGUACAUCAUAUAUCAAUUAUUAGUAUCGAAACAUUGUUAUACAUUACUCUUGACAUUUAUCGAUGUUACUCAGGAAGUUAAUGACACUGUUGGCGUUUAAAAAGUAUAUAUAUCUUAACGCUUGAGCGUAUGAAAAAGUGCGAUUCGGUGCGCUGAGGACAUAAUUUUAGGAUGCUGCCAACGCACAAGCCCGUGCUGCCAAAAACGAACUUUGCUACUUCGUCUUUAAUAUUUCCAUGUCUAUAGUGAAUUUAUGCUACAAGUAUUGUAGAUAAAAAGUACAAUGUUAUUUAAAUAAGUGUACGCAUGGUAUAUGUAAAACAAGACGAUCGUUCAAUAAAGAAAAGUAUACCUGCCUAAA